AUGAAUGCUGACUCAAUUCGUCCUUCUCCUUCAGUAUCUACGGAAGAAUCUCAUCCAUUAUCCUUACCACUAUUUUUAUCAUCGUCAUCAUCAUCAUUAAGACCACUACGUGAACGUAAUCGAACAAAUCUUAAACGACGUAUUAAUUUAUCACGUAGUCAAGUAUUUAGUAAUGAUUUUGAAAAUGAAGAUAAUAUUUCAACAACAAAUAAUAUUAAUAAAACGACAAUAAUAACAACUAAUUCUCAACCUCCAUCAACACCAACUACUCAUACACAUACAGAACUUUAUUCUAAAACAAUUAGUCCAACAACUCCAUCACCUAUUCAUACCACAGUUACAUGUAGUCAAGUAUGGGAACGAUUAGCAUCAAAUGAAGAACAUCAAAAUUCUACAUCAUCUAAACCAAAUAUAACACCAACAAUAUCAACAUCUAGUUUACCAACACAUAUUUCUUUUUCAUAUGAUCCUAGUGAUAAUGAUGAUGAAGGAGACGAUAUACCACAAGAUAAUAAAGAUGAUUUUCAUUAUGUACCUGUUAGUAGUCAAUCAAAACUUGUUCAAUUUCAGUUUUUAACAUUUGCUAGACAACAACAAUUAAAUUUACAUAGUGAUGAUGAAGAAAAAGACGAUACAAUUAUUGGUCCAAAUAUGCCAGAAGAUGAUGAUGAAAAAGAGCAAGAAGAGGAAGAAAUAGAACAAGAGAAUCGUGUAUCAAAAAAACGAAAACGAUCAAUAUCAACGACGAAUUCACUCGAUGAUAUUCCUGCUCUUCCAACAACUAGCAAUGAUACAAUUGCAUCAUCAUCAAUAAGCAAACAACCAUGUACAAAAAAACCUAGAAUAAAAGAUCCUAAUGCAAAUUUUCAACGUUUAAAUAUGCGAAAAAAACAUUUUUCACAUGCUAAAAAACAUCAAGUUGCUAAACACAAGCGUAAUGCAUUCUAUCGUCGAAUGCGUCAUGCCGGUGGUAAUAAAUAG